AUAUUUAUCGAACCAGUCUACAUCUUCUUAUACAAGAUACUCAAAUCUCUAAUGUAGACGUGCAGACAGUCUGGCCAUCCGAAACUUGGCAUCUCCGGGAAAUUUGACUGGUCGGGGGAAAUGCAUAUUGUGUACACUGCCGCCACUGUGGAGACCUCAGUGUACGUAUACAGAAAUGGGGAAGAAGGCACCUCCACUGUCAGCUGCCGGGCGCCUCGUAUUUUUCUGGGGGGGACAGUGCGUGGAUUACCGAUAUGAAGGGGGUCUUAGGCAUCCUUCUUCUUUUAUUGAUGCUAACAGCUCGCUCCACGCCGUCUGAUGACCCGCACCGGAAAACAACGGGAACUUCUUUCACGGCCACGCUAUCCAUCACUUCAGAAAAAACGGACGCCUCGAUCUGCAGUACUGCGACCACCACCAAAUCCGCGGAUUUGUCGUCUGCUCCUCUUACUACCGCAGACGCAUCAGCUGCCGCUGCUGGAGAACAUUCAUUCAGGUUACCAUACAGACACGAAGAAUCGCCGGACUACUACGAUGACGAAAAUUACGAAGAUGGGACAGCACCAGCCCUGGAAGGUGCUACAGACUAUGAACCACCGGACUACUAUGAUGACAAAACUCAUGAAGUAGCCUCUGGUGAUGGAAUGCAUCAAACAUCAGACAUAGCAUCAGUCCUGGGUGCUACAGACUAUGAAUCACCAGAGUACUAUGAUGAAGAAAGUUACGAGGCAGCAUCUGCAGAUAGGACGCAUCCAUCAGGUAUAGUGCCAGUCCUGGAAGGUGCUACAGACUAUGAACCACCAGAGUACUAUGAUGAAGAAAGUUACGAGGCAGCAUCUGCAGAUAGGACGCAUCCAUCAGGUAUAGUGCCAGUCCUGGAAGGUGCUACAGACUACGAACCACCAGACUACUAUGAUGAAGAAAGUUAUGAGGCAGCAUAUGCAGAUAGGACGCAUCCAUCAUCAGGUACAGCACCAGUCCUGGAAGGUGCUACAGACUAUGAACCACCAGACUAUGAUGAAGAAAGUUACGAGGCAGCAUAUGCAGAUAGGAUGCAUCCAUCAUCAGGUACAGCACCAGUCCUGGAAGGUGCUACAGACUAUGAACCACCAGACUACUAUGAUUAUGAAAGUCCCGAGUCAGUCUCUGAAGGUGGGCUGCUUCCAGAAUCGGACAGCGCGUCAGUCGCGGGAGGUGCGUGUUCAACAGAAAGACAAGGGAGAAAUUACAAUGCUUCGAGAGGAAAAGCUAUGACGAGAUGGACGGAAGAAUUGGAUAUCGAUGAUUCCGUCGCUGCUGCUGAAAUUUCUCGACCAAUAAACUGGAUAUCGUGGUUACCUUCGUGGUGUAGAAACUGGCCGCUCUAUGGCCCAUUAGGCGUGCCCCGUGACGUGCAACUCCAGGCAUAUUCACAAGCGUUGGAAGAACAUACCAUUGGGAUUGGAAACUACUGGACACAGUCCUCGGAACCAGCUGACGAUGGCGAACAAGCCCGCGCUGAAAAGCCACAGACACAUUACAUUUCCCUCGCGGUACGACAGUCGGAGAUGCUCCAAGAGUUUUAUCAGUGGAUUUUUCAGCAGCUGUCAUCGCCCGAAGCUUCUGGUGACUGCACCCCCGAGUCACUACAUCGUUUUCUAGACGCCUUAGAAGACCAGGCCCAUUUGGUGGAAUCAAUUUGCAACUGGUCACCCACUAUGCGCUUGACGUGCAACGCUUCUAACUCUUCAAUUUUCGGUAAUUUCUUCUGGGUCAUGGACACGCACUCUAUCUGGAUGCAAAUCUUCAACAACUGGGCCAUUCGUCAGUUUGACAUCGGAGCAGUGUCCCAUGGACAGCAACGUUGGUUACCGACAGACGGCAUUCCCUCAUUUAACAUGCCAAACUUUUCUAUAAGAAGCCAGACAGCAGGGGACACUACAUUGGGCUUGGAAGCAGUCAGUGCAAACGUUUGUGGUGUUGAAGAGGUCCGUAGAGAAAGAGAACCUGAACUGAUUCAUAACGAAGAUCUUAACGCCAUGUCAGAAGCAACUGCUGAACACAACUCUUACCCCAUUCAGCGACAGCUAGAGUCUCGCAAUCAGGAAAGAAAAUUCCCUACGUGUCUACUGCAGAGCUUGUCAGUGAGAGGCCAAGAAAGACAAUGGCCAGGACUGGAAAAGUUCAGGGACCAAGAAACGGGAGUCCCAUUAGAGGAAGCUUCGAAUGAAUUCGAAGCUGCAAUUGCCCCACUACAAAACAGAGUGCACCCAAAUCUUGCUGAUGGACAAGAUGAAAAUCCGGAUGAAGACUUCUAUGAUCACUCGCAGCUAGCGGUGCAGUUAAAAGAACGAAUGACGGAAAGUGUGGCAUUGGAUGAGGAAGAGCACCUGGAAAUGGGUCCUGAUCCAAAAAACCUUCUGGGCUGCUCGGAGAUAGCUGUGUUGCAGGUGCUUGGCUCAAACUUCGACCCUUACUUCAUGUUGUACGUAAAGUGCAACGAGCGAGACGAGACGUGCGAGCCGCCGGAGAAGUGCCUGCCCAUGAACACCGUGGUGUCGGUGACUAUGCCGCGCUGGGCCACCCUCCCAGAAUUCCCGCACAGCUUCGUCGACGCGCGCCAGUUGCCCAGUGGCCGCAUCUCCACUAGGCUCUCGGUGCCUACAUCCUGCGUAUGCAGAGCGCCCAGUGCUCAACGUUAGCUCGACUAUCCUCCGGGAUCCGAAGAAAAAACAAUAAAUGAAUGCGAAUGCCUUUUGAACAUUUUACCACCCUGACAAGAUUACAACUUCUCGUGACAUCCAGGUGUGUCGAAAGAAUUUUAUUGGCAUGAAGAAAGAUUUUAUAAUGCAUGAGACAAAGCAGGAUAACGAUUCUGUACUAAUGCUGCUAGAACGACUGUAUUGACUACUGUAUAUCUUGUGAUAAGAAAUUUUACUGAAAUAAAAGGUAUUCGCAGGUA